AUGAACUUCAUGGGCAGAAAAAGCGACGUCAAGCAAGAAGACGUGGCCAACGUCCCGCCGGAGCUAUCAGACCUGCACUGCUUCACAGAAACGGGCGGCGUCAUCACAACCAGGGCAGCAAUGUUCGACAUCCCCGGCUACCGCAUUACCCGCACCCUAGGCGCAGUCUACGGCCUCUCGGUGCGCUCGCGCAACAUCGCCGCGAGCCUGGGCAUGGUGAUCAAGUCGCUUGCGGGCGGGGAGCUGCGGUGGUUCACGACGAUGCUGUACAACUGCCGGAACGAUGCGCUGGGGAGAGUGAUGGAAGAAACGAAGGUGCAGAUGCAGCUGGUCUUGAGCUCCGAAGAACCAUUGAAACGGGCCAAGCCCACUUGCUACCGCGCUCCGCAUCCGUCUCCCACAGCAGUGGUACUCGACAUCCAGGCCACCUCCGCCAGGGGACCCGCCACUAAACCCAAGCCAAUGGAUGCACCUGUGGACCACCCGCAAAGCUCCCCAGCCCAGCACCCCGAUAGGUGUGCCACCCAAGUGCUCUUUGUUCGUUCAUUGACUCGCCUCCACGGCCUCGGCCUCGUCCACGUCCACUUCACGAUCCUUCGCACCUACACAACUCUCCGACAUUCCCCCUUCUCCUCCUUCACCCACGGGUCCUUCUCGUAUCUUCUUGCGUGCUCGUCCUACCCUUCCGACGGCCCUCCUGCGAUAUCAUCAGCACCAAGCGCUUCCGCUGCACCCACCGCCGAGGACCCCAGGAUGUCCCACGAAUCAUCCCUCUCGAGCGUUUCCACCACCAGCCUCGUCUUCGACCGACUGCACGAGCAAAAUGAAAAGUCAUACUCGUCUUCAUCUUCCCAGAGACGGCGCGCCCCGUCCGCCUCGCGUCCCGCUUACGCCGACCACCCGGACGACGACGAUGACAACGAUUACAAAGAGUCCGACGCCAAUGACCUCGAGACGGGGCCCUUUCUGGCGCCUACGACGGGCAUGAUGCGCCGUGUAGGCAUGGACCGCGGGCUGAAGAAGGGGAUAUGCAUACUCGCCGCCGCAUUCCUCCUCGCAUGGGGAGGUGCUCUGUUCGUCUUCUUGUCUCGCAAGUCAUACCAGCACGGCAGUCAGGUCGACCACGACCCCUCUGCGACAUCGCGCGGAUCCGGCAAGCCGGUGACCUUGGACCAGAUCAUGACCGGCUUCUGGUCGCCCUACUCUCACUCAAUAAGCUGGAUCGAGGGGCCUAAUGGAGAGGAUGGCCUGCUGCUCGAGCAGGGUGCGCGAGGCAAGGAUUAUCUCGUGGUCGAGGACGUCAGGGCGGGCAAGCUGGACCGCCAGGUCUCCGCCGAGGUCGUCCAGAGUCGCACGCUCAUGAAGAAUCCUUGGAUCAACGUUGGCGGCCGCCAAAUGACGCCGUACGACGGCCGCCCGAGCAAGGACAUGAAGAAGGUGCUCGUUUCGACCGAUCGCAAGCACAAUUGGCGCCACUCUUUUACCGCGCUGUACUGGAUCUUCGACGUCGAGACCCAGACUGCUGAGCCUCUUGACCCCGAGCAUUCUGACGCGCGUGUACAGCUUGCGACGUGGAGCCCUCAGAGCAAUGCUAUCGUUUUCACUCGGGACAACAACUUGUUCUUGAGAAAGCUUGACGGUGACAAGAAGGUUACGCAAAUCACAAAGGAUGGUGGCCCCGAGUACUUUUACGGUAUUCCCGACUGGGUGUACGAGGAGGAGGUCUUUGCCAGUAACAGCGCUACAUGGUACUCUCAGGAUGGCAAGUAUGUCGCCUUCUUGCGCACCAACGAAACGGGUGUGCCCGAGUACCCACUGCAGUACUUCAUGUCUAGACCCUCGGGCAAGGAAAAACCCGCCGGCGAAGAGACAUAUCCGGACGAGAAGCGCAUCAAGUACCCUCGUGCCGGUAGCCACAACCCCGUCGUAGACCUGCUCUUUUACGAUGUCGAGCGUGGCGACGUUUUCGCCGUGGACAUUGAGGGUGGUUUUGCCGAUGACGACAGACUCAUCAACAUGGUCCUCUGGGCUAACAACAAGGUCCUCAUCAAGGAGACCAACCGCGUGAGCGACAUCAUGCGCGUGGUUCUCGUUGACGUCGUGGCUCGGACGGGCAAGAUUGUGAACACCAUUGACGUUGGCAAAAUCGACGGCGGCUGGUUUGAGAUUUCUCACGAAACCCAGUUCAUCCCUGCGGACCCUGCCAAUGGAAGACCGGACGAUGGAUAUGUCGAUACCGUGAUCCACGAUGAUGGCGACCAUAUUGCCUAUUUCUCGCCCAUGGACAACCCCGAGCCUGUCUACCUCACGGGUGGCAACUGGGAAGUCGUGAACGGCCCCUCCGCCGUCGACCUGGCCAACAACUUGGUCUACUUCGUGUCAACUAAAGAGUCCUCUAUCCAGCGUCACGUUUACAGCGUCCACCUCAACGGCUCCGACUUGAAGCCGUUCACGGACACCAAAUUUGAGAGCUACUACGACAUUUCCUUCUCCAGUGGCGCAGGCUUCGGCCUUCUCUCGUACCUGGGCCCCAAGAUCCCUUGGCAGAAGGUCAUCAGCACUCCCAGCAACCCCACCAGUUACGAGCAUGUCGUCGAACAGAAUACACAGCUCGCCGAAAAUGCAAAGAAGUACGAGCUUCCCAUCCUCAAAUACGGAACCAUCAAAGUCGACGAUGUCGAGCUCAACUAUGUCGAGCGCCGCCCUCCCCACUUCAGCGAGAAGAAGAAGUACCCGGUUCUCUUCCAGCAGUACUCCGGCCCGGGAUCCCAGUCCGUCAGCAAGAGGUUCUCCGUCGACUUCCAGUCCUACAUCGCCUCCUCCCUCGGCUACGUCGUCGUCACGGUAGACGGCCGCGGCACCGGCUACAUCGGCCGCAAGAACCGCGUCCUCAUCCGCGAGAAGCUGGGCCACUGGGAGGCCAUUGACCAGAUCGCCGCCGCCAAGCACUGGUCCGCCCUCAAGUACGUCGACUCGGCCCGCAUCGCCAUCUGGGGCUGGAGCUACGGCGGUUUCCAGACCCUCAAGACGCUCGAGAUGGACGCCGGCCAGACCUUCAGCUACGGCAUGGCCGUCGCGCCCGUCACGGACUGGCGCUUCUACGACUCCAUUUACACGGAGCGCUACAUGCGCACUCCGCAGCUCAACCCGGACGGCUACGACCAGACGGCCAUCUCCAACGUCUCCGCCCUCGCCGGCAACGUGCGCUGGCUGAUGAUGCACGGCGUCUCGGACGAUAACGUGCACUACCAAAGCACCCUCACCCUCCUCGACAAGCUCAACCUCGAAGGCGUCGAGAAUUACGACGUCCAUGUUUUCCCUGAUAGCGACCACGGUAUUUACUUUCACAAUGCGAACAAGAUUGUCUACGAUAAACUAAACAACUGGCUCAUCAACGCCUUCAACGGAGAGUGGCUCAAGGUCGCCGAUGCCAAACCAAUGAUUGAGCCCAAGGUGAAGGAGAAGAGGUCGAGCGUAGCCAAGCUUGACGGUGUACCAAAGUUUUAA